CCCAGGGAUAUUAGGGACUGAGGGUAGUGAACUAUAUCCUAACAUACACUGUAAACAGUAUACAAGCUGUUUUACAGUUUGACUAGAUACUGUUGAGAGGACACAAUAAAUACCUAGAGACGUUAUAGAGAUUAAUCUUAGAUAUGGCGAGUCAACUAUUGACAGCUGAACAGAUUGGUAGUUUUCAGGACGCAUUUAACAGGUUUGAUACCGCAGGGGCAGGUGUUAUUAGCAGCAAACAGCUGGGGAAAGUUCUCAGGUUUAUUGGUCAGAAUCCUACUGAAGCUGAACUGCAGGAUAUGGUGAAUGAGGUUGACAAGGAUGGAACCGGAAGUAUAGAUUUUCCAGAAUUUCUCUCUAUGAUGGCUAUAAAGGUCAAUGAGCAAAAUGCCGAGGAGGAGGUGAGAGAAGCUUUUAAAGUGUUUGAUGGGGAUGGGAAUGGAUUCAUUGAUCGAAGAGAACUAAGUCUAAUGAUGAGGUUUAUGGGAGAAUCAUUGACAGAAACAGAGAUCAAUUUAAUCAUAGAUGAGGCAGAUAUUGAUCACGACGGUUUGAUCGAUUAUGCCGAAUUCUUUGGAAUGAUGACUCCUGGUGGAAAAAUGCUUUGAAACUCAACUUUACAAAUAAUUUUGAAAACUAUUUUAUGUUUCUUAAAUCUUAAAUAGUCUAUUGUCAUACAGGGUGAGUCAAA